AAAUUUUCUUUACUAUUGCGAAACAAACAAAUUUUCAGCUUCUACUAUCUCCUCCUUCCUUCUUCAUUCUCUACACCCUCUUCCUUCAAUUAGGGUUUUGUUUCCCCCUUUCAUUCGAUUCAGCACAAUCCAAUCUUCCUACAAAGCGCGACUGUAUUCACGCGCCACCAUGGGAGGUGACGGUGCCGUUGAAGAUUCCGCUUCAGAAUCGAAGACCGAAGUUAACAUCAAUGUUCGAUGCUCUAACGGUACAAAGUAUUCCGUUCAGGUUUCUCUCGAUUCCACGGUUGGAUCGUUCAAGGAUCUCAUUGCGCGUAACUGUGAUAUCCCCGCACAACAACAACGUCUCAUCUACAAAGGUCGUAUAUUGAAGGAUGAUCAAACGCUUCAAAGCUAUGGUUUGGAGGCAGAUCAUGCUGUGCAUUUGGUUCGUAGCUUUGCACCUACCAAUGCGAGUGGUGGGACCAAUAGUAGUGGCACCAAUACCACAACAAAUGAUGCCGCAGGCGCUGGAGCUAAUGCUGCUGGGGGUUUAGGAGGGCUCGGUUUUGGAGCUUCAUUGUUUCCUGGACUAGGUGCCAAUGGCACUGGGAGAAAUACCUUAUUUGGCGAGGGAUUUCCAGAUCUUGAACAAAUGCAGCAACCAUUUAUUUCAAAUCCCAAUUUAAUGAGAGAAAUGAUGAAUUCACCUGCUAUGCAGAAUCUAGUAAGUAACCCCGAGAUAGUGCGGAAUCUUAUAAUGAACAACCCACAGAUGCAAGAGCUCAUGGAUCGAAACCCUGAGCUAGCACACGUACUUAAUGAUCCCAGUACUCUCCGCCAGACCCUUGAAGCUACAAGGAACCCUGAGAUCAUGCGUGAAAUGAUGAGAAAUACAGAUAGGGCAAUGAGCAACAUUGAAUCAUCUCCUGAGGGAUUCAACAUGCUGAGGCGCAUGUAUGAAAACGUUCAAGAACCAUUUUUAAAUGCCACUACAAUGGCCGGUAAUACAGCACUUUCAGGGACUCAGGGUGGCCUAUCCAGGGACCAAUCAACUAAUCCCUCAACCACUAAUUCUGAAACAACUGCUGGCUCUCCCAUUCCCAAUGCUAACCCACUUCCUAAUCCUUGGUCCUCUACAGGAACUGGAGCUCCCCAAAAUAACACCAGGAGUUCAACCACUGGUGGGGAUGCUAGGCAGCAAGCACCUACUGGCUUAGGAGGGCUUGGUUUGCCUGGCCUUGAAGGCAUGCUGGGUGGUAGUGGUAUGCCAGAUCCUGCUUUAUUGACUCAAUUAAUGCAAAAUCCAGCUAUCUCACAAAUGAUGCAAAGUAUGCUUUCCAACCCACAAACUUUGAGUCAGAUUCUUGGUGCUGCUAAUACUGAACAACGUGGUGGCAUGCCUGAUUUAAAUUCUCUUAGAGAUGUGAUGCAAAAUCCUGAGUUCCUACGUUUGUUUCAAUCACCUGAGACAAUGCAGCAACUCAUGUCUUUCCAGCAAGCUCUUCUGUCUCAGCAACAAUCAACACGGGAAUCGGGUCAAACUGGUCAAACUGGUGGAGGGACUGGACCAUUUAACAACAUGGGGUUGGAGAUGUUAUCCAGCAUGUUUGGUGGCCUUGGAGCUGGUGGCCUUGGAGCUGCUCCAAAUAGAUCAAAUGAGCCACCAGAGCAAUUGUAUGCCACCCAGCUUACACAGCUUCAAGAGAUGGGAUUCUUUGACACACAAGAGAACAUAAGGGCUCUUAUUGCCACUUCAGGGAAUGUUCAUGCGGCCGUUGAACGUCUUUUAGGGAACACUGGUCAGUAGCAGAUUAUUUAGCAAAUUGCUUUCAUGAUGUUCUCUACUGCAGACUUUGGAGGUUGACCACUAUGUUCAAGCGCCUUAUUGGAUAUUUAAAUAAAAUCAGAAAUCUGUCCAAAUUAUAGUGGUCAGAGCUGAAAUGGUGUAGAUUAUAUAUACGUUGUUACUGUAAUCUCUUCAUCUUCCUUCAUUUGAGUUCUGAUGUUCCUAUUUAUUUUUCCAUGUACAUACUUAUAUUGAAACUAGUUUAUAGUUUUAUGGCGCAUCGUGAGAGCUUAAAUAUUUUCAAGUGAAUUCAUUUUUAUAUUAUUCAUUUGUAUUUGUACUUUGAUAACUACGUUAUCACUGUGAUUUGGCAGGUGAAGAGCUGUUAAAUCCCAAAUGCUCAAUUGUAGUGUGAACAGAUUAUUGACCGACUGAACUUUUACUCUGAUUGUAUCUUUUGAACUAA